GCUAGUGUGCCGCCUCUAACGCGCGCGCGCUUGUGCGUCCGUGUGUCCGCAGGCGCGGUGGGCGGCGACGAUGACGGCGACGACAAGGAGAAGGAGGAGGAGGCGGAGCGCGAGCGGCAGGAGGCCAUCCGCGAGGCGGAGGAGCGCCGCAAGGAGAAGCACCGCAAGAUGGAGGAGGAACGCGAGAAGAUGAGGCAGGAGAUUCGCGACAAGUAUAACAUCAAAAAAAAGGAAGAAGUUCAAGAAAUUCAGCAAGAAGAGCCUAAUCCUUUAAUGCGCAAGAAGAAAACUCCAGAAGAACUAGAGCGCGAGGCUAAUGCUGAGGAAGAGGACGAGUUCACGAGUAAGACAGGUUCAUGA